AUCACAUAACCUAAUAGUAUUAUACGUCCGAUUAGUACUAGUACCCAAAUCUCUCAAAUAUCCUCCUUUAAUGUAAAACACAGGAUAAGCAACUACAAAUUAACUCCGCCAAAAGAUCAUACAAUUAUUUCGAUUAUGUAUCUUUUUGCUUUCAAUGCACCGCUGAUGAUCCAUUCAAAUCACAAACCCUAAUAAGGAGUAAUUAAAUACCUGCAAAAGUUUCUCAUUCGAUCAUUCUUGGAAGUGUCAGAUUCUAAAUAAUUUUUAAUCAUGAAAGGGUUGUUCAAGACAAAGCCUCGAACUCCAUUGGAGAUUGUUCGCAUUUGUCGUGAUCUUCUCUCUAAAUUCGAUAUGAAUAAUAUUCGGGAAAACAAACGCCAGGAAAAGAUGACCGAGCUAAGCAAACUCAUUAGAGAAAUGAAAUGUAUUUUGUAUGGAAAUAGCGAAGCAGAGCCAGUUCCAGAUGCUUGCAUGAAGUUAACCCAAGAGUUCUUUAAAGAGAACACAUUUCGCUUGCUGGUCAAUUGUCUUCCCAAACUGAACCUGGAGGCUCGUAAAGAUGCCACUCAAAUAGUUGCUAAUUUGCAAAGGCAACAAGUUCGUUGUCGUUUAAUUGCUUCUGAUUAUCUGGAAGCAAACAAAGAUCUGAUGGAUAUUCUUAUAGCAGGAUAUGAAAACACAGACAUUGCCCUGCAUUAUGGGUCCAUGUUGAGGGAGUGCAUACGUCAUCAAGUUGUGGCUAAAUAUAUAUUAGAAUCACAGCAUUUGAAGAAGUUCUUUACACUUAUUCAGCUCCCAAAUUUUGACAUUGCUGCAGAUGCUGCUGCAACUUUUAAGGAACUAUUGACAAGGCAUAAAUCUACAGUGGCUGAGUUCCUCUCCGCAAACUAUGAUUGGUUUUUUGCAGACUACAACUCAAAGUUGCUGGAAUCAAGCAACUACAUUACCAGAAGACAAGCAGUGAAGCUCUUAGGAGACAUGUUACUUGAUCGUAGCAAUGCUGUAACCAUGAUAAAAUACGUGAGCUCAAGGGAUAAUCUAAGAAUACUGAUGAAUCUUCUAAGGGAACCAAGCAAAAGCAUCCAGAUAGAAGCAUUUCAUGUUUUCAAGCUGUGUGCUGCAAACCAAAAUAAACCAGCUGACAUCGCCAACAUUCUUGUUGCAAAUAAGAGCAAACUUCUUCGAUUGCUAGGCGACCUCAAGACUGACAGAGUGGAUGAAAAAUUUGAUGAAGACAAGACCCAAGUUAUGCAAGAAAUCGCUUCUCUUGAACACAGAGAGCUUGCAUGAGCUUUCUUUGUUGGAUGUGGGAAUUAUGAUAUCAUUCCUGCCUUUAACCAUUCUUUUGUUUAGCCCUUUCACAAAAUAUAUCCUGUAGACUCAGCACAUUGCUUGUGCCAUCUUAUUCGCACCUAUAUACAUCUUUUGCUGUCCUUCCUAUUGACCAAGUAGCCUCCCGUUCUCAGUAUCUCAUAAAUUUUAGUUUAUUGAUGACAUUCGUUCUAAGUGACGGAUAAUUUAAAGGUAGAUGUUUGGUGUGAUCGGUUUUGUGUCACGCAUUUAUAGAUUUUGUUUUCAAAUACAUUUGAGUUAUGAAAAGCUUUAGUUUACCUGAAAAUUGACAUGAGUAUAUUUUUGUACAUUCCAUUACCUGAAAGUUGAAAAUGCAACACUUCUGGAGCGAGUUAACUCGCAACUUAUUAUGAAUAUUAAUAUGUCUUGAAUAUGAAGAUGUAUGAUACGAUGAUUGCUUUUGCCAAUUGUUGGAACAGACUGGUACAAAUCGGGAUAAAGCCACUGUUGAUGCUUUUUUUGAAGGCGCAUCUCAUAUGAAUAACCAGUGUUAUGGGACUCCAAUUAUCAACUCAGACUUUUAGAUGAAUUGAUUUUUGAUAUAGUAUCAAAAAUCAGCGUGACAAAACGUUACGAGUUCAAAUCUCAUCUACAUGGACUCUCGUGUGUAUGAAUGUCAGGCUUGUGUACAUUCAAUUUACACGGUACAGCUUGCUCUUUCUUAUGAAACUAAAUAUGGGGUUAUAUGGUAUGAAAUCUUGUUUUACUUUUGCUUCUUGCAAGUUCAAAUAAUUUGAUAUUACCAAGGUUGAAAAUUUAUGAAUUAGGAUCCAAUUUUACUGUUAUAUGCACAUUUUCUUACAUUUUUCGUCUUGCAGGCAUGUUGCAAUCAGUAUUGUUAUUGUUGAAGAGGCUGGGGGCGUAUUUUGAUCCGAUCGGGAUUCUACCUGAAGCGUGGCCAUACAGAAGACGGCAAUGCCAAGAUACCUGUGGUUAGGGUGGUGAACAUGGUGUGCGCCACUAGUGAGUUUGAGACCGGUUAUAAAGCCAACGGUACCGAGAAGAUAGGCCGAGAGUUGACACCCUACAUGGAGGUAAAACCAGGCUGGUUCUGCUGAUGGGAAUAUUACUUUGACAUGUUUUGCUAUCAUCAUUCCCAGAGGUAUCAAUAUUCCCCAACUUACUCCAUUUAUUGUUCCGUGGAUCUGAAAUUGUUGUCGUACAAAGAGCGAUAACCGAUACAAAAACAAAAUAAAAAAGAACAUAAGAAUUUAACAAUGUCCAUUCAUUCAUUAGGCCGUCUAGUGCCCUUAGAAUUGUGGUAGUUUUAGUUAUGAAUGGUUAUAUCUAGUUGUUUGGUUGACAUUUUUUUGUAAGCAAUAGCUAAUGGAAAUUCCGACCAAGUGUAUGAAUUAAUUACCAAGGGAUGUCGGUAACUCCAAAUUCGUGUGUUACAUCAAAUUCCAAUGUUUAACCAAACAAGAAAAAGCAUUUCCGAGAUAUUUUACAGAGGAUGUAGAGGUGUGUUCAAAACAGACCUAAUGACCGAUUUGUCCGACCUUGGUACCGAACCUGAUUUAACCCGACUUUAAAAUUGUAUUUAUAUUUCAAUUUUGAACCGACCUGAAACAUUUGACUUGAAAUAAAAUGAAGGUAGUAAUAGUAUAUAUUCAAACUUACCCAUCUCAAGGUUGAAGCAUCAAAGCCUUUAGAACCAGAACCAGCAUUGUGAUCAAGAACACCAGAGAGAACAUCAAGAGAAGCCAUUGAAUAAAUAUUUGUAGCAAAAUGCAUUUUAGGAUUUCCAACAUCAGAAAGUCUACCUUCAUUCCAAACUUGAUUAAUCACUGUUUUAUUAUCAGGAAUCUUAAUAUUUGCAAAGAUUAUCAUCUCUUCAUUAAUAAGUUCUGCCUUCAAUCCUACUACCUCAAAACUCAACUCUUCUUUCUCAAGUCUUGUUCCAUAGCCCUUAAUAGGGGAUGUAUAGGCCAUGAUGGACCCGUCUUUCGGGUUUCGUUGACCAACUAAAGUUUGUGAUCCGACCAUUCCUUUUGCGGUCGGGUUUAUAGCCCAUGCAACCCAUUUUGAGACACCCGGGCUGUAGCCCGGGUGUCGGUAGGCGAUUUUAAGGGUUGCAUUGGUAGGGUUGUAGGUGUAAUGUAGGGAUGAUCCUAAUUGUGGGAGAUCAAUACAAGUUUUAAAGGGAUUUGGUAAGUUUUGUUUAAAUUUAUAGUUUUUGCAUGGAGGUGAUUGAGCAUAUGAUUGAAUAAUUAGGGUUGUGAUUAGCAAUAAUAGAGUUGUAUAAUUCAUUUUUAAAUUUACUUAUGAGGAUGAAAGUUAUGGGGUUGCAUGAAGGUUUUAAAUAACCUUUUAGCAUGGAAACUUUUCUAGGAUUGAAAAUGUUGGCGAAAGACAAGGAAUGUACAGGUAAUUUAUUUUUCUGUAAAAAUUAAUUGGUGAUUGCAAAUUUACAAAUUUUAAUGAAGGACAGCAAGAAUUUCUUAUUA